UGUGUAGCUCAGAAUAGAACGGAGCGGAACAGGGGGAUUUGGAACGAAUGUGAAACGGUGAUCUUCAGUACGUCCAAGAUGGUGCUGGAAAGUACUAUGAUAUGUGUCGAUAACAGCGACUAUAUGAGAAAUGGAGAUUUCUUACCAACUCGGCUUCAAGCUCAGCAAGAUGCUGUUAAUCUAGUUUGUCAUUCAAAAACUCGAUCUAAUCCGGAGAAUAAUGUAGGACUCAUUACUCUUGCAAAUGUGGAAGUACUGGCUACUCUCACAAGCGAUGUUGGACGCAUCCUGUCCAAGCUUCAUCGGGUUCAACCUAAUGGGAAUUUAUGCUUUAUCACUGGGAUUCGAAUUGCUCAUCUUGCUUUAAAGCAUCGUCAAGGGAAGAAUCACAAAAUGCGUAUAGUGGCAUUUGUGGGAAGUCCAAUUCAAAUUGAUGAGAAGGAAUUGGUUAAGUUAGCGAAGCGAUUGAAAAAGGAAAAAGUCAACGUGGACAUCAUCAGCUUCGGGGAAGAGAGUAUCAAUAAUGAAGUACUAACUGCAUUCAUCAAUGCACUUAACGGAAAGGAUGGUACCAGCAGUCAUCUUGUAACUGUACCGCCAGGACCACAUUUAUCAGAUUCAUUGAUCUCUUCGCCAAUAAUUUUGGGUGAAGAUGGAAUGGGUGGUGCUGGUAUGAGUGGAGCAGCUUUCGACUUUGGAGUUGAUCCUAAUGAAGAUCCUGAAUUAGCUUUGGCUCUUCGAGUUUCUAUGGAGGAACAAAGACAAAGACAGGAAGAUGAAGCUAGAAGAGCUCAGGCAACUGACUCCGCUACAAAUAAGCAACCAGAAACUAUCAAGGAAGCGCAAAACGAGGAGGACAUGUUAAAGCGUGCUCUUGCAAUGUCCUUGGAGGGAGGUGAGGAAUCCACUGCCAGUGCGGAUAAUACUACAACGAGUGGUGGAAAUGUACCAGAUUUUGCCCAUAUGACCGAGGAAGAACAAAUAGCUUUCGCUAUGCAGAUGUCAAUGCAAGAUCAACAAGAGCCCGAAACACAGAAAGAAGAAGCAAUGGAAGUAGAAGAAGAUUAUGCAGCUGUAAUGUCCGACCCCGCAUUCCUCCAAUCAGUUUUAGAAAAUUUGCCUGGUGUAGAUCCACAUUCUGAGGCUGUCCGUCAAGCAGUUGGUUCCCUACAACAAAAUAAAGACAAAGGACAGGAGAAAGAUAAAGAAAAGGAAAAAGAUAAGGAUAAGAAAUGAAAGGAAUUCCCCAAAUUUAAAUAUGUUAAACUUCAUUUAAUAUUACUUGAUACUAGCAAUUGAUGUAUCACUUUUUUAAAGCUUGUUUGCCCAUCAAAUAUACUAUAGAUUUUCAAACAUCAA